CAUUGAGCGUUGAAGGAGCGAUCGAUGUGCAAAUAGGGAAAAUGGAAGCUUGAACCUGCGGAGAAUUGAACACCAGCCGCGCCGCCGCCCGCCCACCUGCGUCUUCCGCCGUCCCUGCUUCUUAUCUGGACUCAGGCAGUCCGCCUUUGCCUCCCUCCAGGACUCCAGCCGGCCUCCAGGUCUGGUCUAGUGUGAUCUGGUCUGUUCUGGUCUGGGACAAAUUAAACUUACUCGUACUUGUUUUGGCAAAAAAUUGGCCCAUCUGACAAGCUAAAACAUUUGCCACCAAAGGAUUGUUCGGAAUGGUGAUUCCAUCUUCGCUUGACGGAAGUUUUAGUUGGAAAAUGCCUAAAAAGAACAAACCUAAGGAUUCAAAAUCUUCAGAUGUGGAGAAUCUUGUGAAGGAGAAGACUUUGAGUUCAUCAUCUUCGACAUCGAAAAAGCUAAAGCGCAGCAACGAAAUCGAUGAGAUAUUUGCCGGAAGGAAGAGGAAGACACCCGAGACAGCCGCCGAAGCGGGAGACGCGCACGGAAAGCCUAAAAAGCCUAUGAUUAAGAAAAAGGACAAAAAAUCAUUCGAUGAUAACAGGCUGGUAUCCGGGUCAAGGCCAAAAAAGAGGACUGGCGAUGGUUUCACUAUUUAUACGGAAGAGGAAUUGGGUAUCAACAAAGCUGACGCUGGAGGAACUCGUCUUUGUCCAUUUGACUGUGACUGUUGUUUUUGAGUUUCUUUUUUGCUUUUAUAGCCAAAUUUGAAUGGAAGAAUAUGAACCCUUUCGUUUUGUAUUUACGGGAAGUUUAGGAAUUUCCCCUAAUGAGUCUUAAGAUCCAUUCCUGGAAUUGCAUUUUUUAUUUGAAUGUUUGUAAGGAAUAGAGUAAAACAUGUGGAACUAAUGGCUACCGAACAAUGACAGUAAUUUCUGUUGAACUGAUUUUCGAGAUCGGUUUGGUAAGGCCAGCUGAAGUUCUUGCUCAAUAUAGAUAGUUGAUGAAAGUUGUCAAGAAAAAAAAGUUCAUGAAAAC